ACCCACAUUAGCCAUACGAACACCCGUACACUAUCCUAACUCAUCAUCAUUCGUGGGGCUGCGCCGUCGGCCCGGACCCUUGCGCCGCUCGGGCGGACCUCCUGCAGACGAGCGUACAUCGACCCGGACAGAGCCAUGGCAUACCAUCGCACCCCCAUGA